CGGGGCCGAGGCAGAGGCGGCGAGGCCGGCGGGGCGCUCACACCGCGCCCGCCGCCGCCGGGCAUGGAGGGCGCCGAGGCGGCCGCCCGCGGCAGCAGCAGCUCCAGCCCCGCGCAGCCCCGCUGCUCCUCCUGCGGGCCCGGCCCGCCCGGCGGCGGCGGCGAGGCGGCAGCGGCGGCGGCGGCGGCCAUGGAGGAGCCGGUCGGGGCGGCUCCGUCCCCGGAGGUAACGGCGGCGAGGAAGCAGCAGGGGGUGAAACGGCAUCACCACAAGCACAAUCUGAAGCAUCGCUACGAGCUGCAGGAGACCUUGGGCAAAGGCACCUAUGGCAAAGUGAAGCGGGCCAUCGAGAGGUUCUCUGGCAGAGUGGUUGCAAUAAAAUCCAUUCGUAAGGACAAAAUUAAGGAUGAACAAGAUAUGGUUCACAUCAGACGGGAGAUUGAGAUCAUGUCAUCCCUCAGCCACCCUCAUAUCAUCACCAUAUAUGAAGUGUUUGAAAAUAAAGAUAAGAUUGUGAUCAUCAUGGAGUAUGCAAGUAAAGGAGAGUUGUAUGAUUACAUCAGUGAGAGGCGGCGAUUAAGCGAAAGAGAGACAAGACACUUCUUCCGACAAAUAGUCUCUGCUGUGCAUUACUGCCACAAGAAUGGUGUUGUCCACAGGGACCUAAAAUUGGAAAACAUUCUUCUUGAUGACAAUUUUAAUAUUAAGAUUGCUGAUUUUGGACUCUCCAACCUUUAUCAUAAAGACAAGUUUCUGCAAACCUUUUGUGGAAGCCCACUGUAUGCUUCCCCUGAAAUAGUUAAUGGACGGCCUUACAGAGGCCCAGAGGUUGACAGCUGGGCCCUUGGUGUAUUGCUUUACACUCUGGUUUAUGGAACGAUGCCCUUUGAUGGCUUUGAUCAUAAAAAUCUCAUCAGGCAGAUCAGCAGUGGAGAAUAUCGUGAGCCAACACAGACCUCAGAUGCUCGUGGUCUUAUCAGGUGGAUGCUGAUGGUGAACCCUGAACGCCGAGCUACAAUUGAAGACAUUGCCAACCACUGGUGGGUUAACUGGGGCUACAAAAGCAGUGUCUGUGACUGUGAUGCCAUGAGGGAAUCCGAGUCCCCACUGCUGGCAAGGUUCAUUGAUUGGCAUCACCGUUCUACUGGCCUCCAACCAGAAACUGAUACCAAAAUCAAGUGCCUUUCUAAGCCCAAAGGUCCUGAAGUCACACUAGAGAGACAAAGGUCUCUGAAAAAAUCAAAAAAGGAAAAUGACAUUUCACAGUCCAUCCAGGAAGGAGGAGCUGAAAAUGCAACCAGACUGACCUCCAAGAGACCCAAAGGCAUCCUGAAGAAAAGGAGCAACAGUGAACAUCGCUCUCACAGUGCAGGUUUCAUUGAAGGAGUUGUCAGCCCAGUGUUACCCUCUGCUUUUAAGCUGGAGCAAGAGUUGUGCAGGACUGGUGUGGCCAUUAAAGGUGUUGUGGAGGGAGAGGUAGCUGGUAAAUAUGGCACUAAGCAGUCUUCACUAAUGCCAAAAAAAGGAAUCUUAAAGAAGACUCAGCAGAGGGAGUCUGGCUAUUACUCCUCUCCAGAAAGAAGCGAAUCUUCUGAACUCUUGGACAAUACUGAUGAGACAGUAAACGGUGACACUUCUCCAGGGGUUGCAGAGCCAUCCAGAAAUGGGUCUUACAGCCAUUCCUGCAGGCGUAAGGGCAUCUUGAAACAUAACAGCAAGUAUUCUAGCAACAACACUGAACCUGCUUUGAUUAGCCCUGACACACCAACGCUGGAGGCCAUGGAAGAAAUGGUCUUGCCUGGGGACGCAUUACCUCGAAGUUACAGUCGCCCUUCCAGCGUAAUUAGUGAUGAUAGUAUUUUGUCCAGUGACUCAUUUGAUUUGCUGGAUUUGCAAGAGAACAGGCCAAACAGGCAGAGAAUACGGAGCUGUGUCUCUGCUGAAAAUUUCCUCCAGAUCCAAGACUUUGAAGGACUUCAGAACCGCCCACGGCCACAGUAUCUAAAGCGAUACCGCAACCGUCUGGGGGACAGCAGUUUUUCUCUUCUCACAGACAUGGAUGAUGUGACUCAGGUCUACAAGAAAGCCCUAGAGAUCUGCAACAAGCUCAACUAGCAGAGGGAAGAUGGAAAAGGGAGGGAAGGGAGUUAUUCUGUGUACCUUUAUGAUGGAGUAAGCCAGGUCACUGAUUUGCUGACAAUGGUAGGGUUUGAUUCAGAGGAGCUGACUGUACCUAUUUAGCUGAACUCCGAGUAAAGUUGCCCCAAAGCCAUCUCACACUUCUCUAAUUUUGUGCCCUCAAAAUAUUACCUACCUGACCAGAGAAAAGCCUUUGGUCUUUGUAUCUGUGAUGAAAGCACAUCAGGAGCUAGCAGACAAGCAUCAAGAUUUGAUGGCUCAAAGUCAAAGCUAGUCAGAAUUAAAACUGGAAGUGAGUGACACAUGAUUUGAGAAGUUUGUAAUUAAUAUUCGGUAAGCUUUAUUAAGAGAUGAACUGAAUUAUUCAAGUCAGAUUUGGAUGCCUUUUAGAACAAGAGGCUUUAUUUCCCUCUGAAGUUAUUUGUCUGGGUACAGUGAUUGCACAGUGGGAAUAUUUGGCUUGCAUUAUGCAUGACACCUGGCUAGGUGGUCACCAUGGUCCCUUCCACUAGAGUGACCUGAGAGGUUCUGAACAUCUUCUAAGAUAAUCUGAGAGACUUGCCCCAGAAAAACCUCAUGAGGUGUUUGUGGACAAGCAAUGGAACAGGCAUUCAUAUCUGAACCUCCCAUAGUGUCCAUAGCCAUUGCUCUUCAGUGAGUAGAAAGUUCUAAAGUUGUUUCCAACUACCAGCAAAAGCAGAACCACAGAAAUGAUAAUGGCAACUGGAAGGAAUGCGUGUUACCAGCAGCUAAGUGAAUUUCUAAGGCAUUUCAACCCAUAUGUUCAAUCUGUGACUCUUUCAAAAUGGCCAGCCAAAUGAGUGCCCAGACAAAGAUGGAUCUGACAAAGAUUCUCAAGGGUUAACUGACCCUCCAGUCUAGAGUUCAGUCACUGUCAGCAAAUGGUGCCACCUUGCUGCUAGCUUGUAGUAUUAGGGGGUGACAGUAGUUUGCAAUCAGAAUGUUAGGUAAGGAAAAGGUUGUGGAAUGUAGGAAAUGGAUAGAGGUCAGAAAGUUAGUGGGAAGAUGCCUUUCUGCAAAUGAAAAUGUUUCUAGGUUGGUGGUAAUGGAGCAGAAAGAAUUGAGUGAUGAAAUGAUAAUGGUAGAUUUAAUAACAGUUAGUUAGCAUAAAGCUGUGGGCCUGCCUCUAUUUAGUGUAGCUGGUACUGAGUGUGCAAUGAUACCAGUUUGAAAAAAAAAAGGAUAUGUGUUUGUGUUCACAGACAUAUCCAGCUAUCCAGACCGAAG